AUGGAUCGUCGAACUUACGAAGGACCCAUGGAUUGGGAAUACCAGGACAGUGGCCCUUUUGAUCCCACAAGUCCUUUUACACAUGCUGCAAAAAGUAACUCACAGACUGGCUUCGCCUCUCCUUCGAAACCAAGCCUUCGACCAAACCCCUUUGCAAACUUAGGAACCCCUUCAAAAACACAACCGCCUCAGUCAUCCUUCUUUACUCCUCAAGUAUCUUCUAAAGCUGCUGCACCUCCAUUUCGAAACCCUGCUUUUACAACACCGCGACGUCCAUUUGACGAUUUCGUACUGUCAGAAGCCUCCGGUGCAGAGGACAGCCCUGCACCGACAGAGGCAUCCGAGUUCCCGAACGAUACCCCUGAAGCGGAUCGUAUGAGCGACGUCAAUAUGAGCGGAAUGACAAGCCCCUCAAAGGUCGACAAGUCGUACCGGUACAACAAGGUUCCUUUCUCGUCCAAAAAGCAUACACCAGGCCGAGGCGAAAUUCGAGCGUCACGGGAACUCUCCGUUACUGAGCUUAUGCGCAAACGAAAGAGGCACAAUCUUGAUAGAGAUGUCAGCAGCAUAGUCCGACACCGGUGGACAGAAUCAGAUUCCGACUCAGGCGAUAGUAUCGCCCCACGACGGUCACGUAGCAAGAGAAUGCCCAAGGAAUCACCGAAAGGGCUCAUUAGUUCUUUGUUCCAUAUACUGGAUGAGCACCCUAACGCUCCUGAUAACCUAUAUCGAUGGGUUAAGUUAAUUGUCAAUUUUCUUAUUGUAUCAGUCUUUGUUUACCUCGGCUGGUCCGUCGUAAGCACUGUCAAGACGGAUAUUGCCAAUGCAAACCAGACGGCACGAUUUGAGAUCAUGGGUAGGAUUACAGAGUGUCAAAAUCGAUUCACCGAGAACGGGUGCGCCAACCAGAACCGCCCCCCUGCGCUCAACGACAUGUGCAACCAGUGGUCCGAGUGCAUGACACAGAAUCCUGAAGCCAUCAUGAGGGUCAAGGUGACUGCCAAGCAGAUAGCAGAAAUCAUCAAUGAGUUUGCUGAUGCCAUGAAUCUCAAAGCUUGGGGCUUUUUCUUUGCUGUACUUAUCUUUUGUGCUUUUGCGAACAACUUUUUCCUCGGCAGUUAUGCCAGCAACAAGCCAGCGGCACCUAUUCCGUCGCAACCCGUAGUCUCAUCCCGCGAUCCAGCCAUGGUUCCAGAGAACGGCCCUGGAUUCAUGUGGGUUCCGGUACAGACACCAAGGUUGAAGCGUCACAUGAUACUCGAUGAUGGCACAGACACAGACAACACACCACCCAAGAUGAAGACGCUUCUUCCGCCACCUUACACUCCUUCGAGUCGUCGAAGCCCUAGCAAAGGAGACCGAGGGCGUAGUCCCAUCAAGUACAACCGAAGUCCCAGUAAAGGAAAACGGGAACCAUUUGCAUGA